GGUAGCGUUUAUUUAAAUACGCAUUUUAUUUUAUUUUAAUUUUUUUUUGCGCGAUCAAGUUUUUACACCAUCCAGAAUAUAUAUUACAUAAAAUUUGUAAUUUCGCACAGUGCUAGGGAUUAUCUAACGAAAUUCACAUAAACGGCAACAAUAUGGCGGAGGCUACAAGUCAAGAGUUCAACAAGAAGACUUUCCUCGAGCAUUACUGGCAAAAGCAGAAGGAGCUCACACGGCGACAGCGUCAAUAUAAGACGGUACUAUCAACGAAGUUGAGCACGCGCAAGGAGACGAUCAUGUUGCAGAGCUAUCAGAGCACAAUCGAUCAAUUGCAUUUGGAGAAGGAUACAUUGCGUGCGCAGAUUUGGGUUGCCAGCGGCGAAACGCAUCGGCGUCAAACCAAACGUGCGCUGUCGAAUAUACAAUGUCACGUGUCGUGUCAGGAGCACUUAGGCGAUGAUAUACGUUAUUAUAAGGAAUCCAUAAUGAAUUUGCAACGCGAAAUUAGUCGCGUGAACAAACAGGUAUACGAACUGAAUAGGCGUACAGUGCCCGAUUCUCAGCAUCAAGCAUAUGUGGCACGCAUGCGCAAGAAGCUGGACAUAUUGGAGAAUCAGCUGGAGGUGGGCGUGCGUACGGAGUGCGCUUUCACGGCAAUUAAUAACGAAUUGCGCGAAGAUUUGAUAAUGUUGCUGCAACAUCGCACGACUUUCAAUGAAGCCUACACGAAGCUGGUGCAAAAGUUGAACAGCGACAAGAAAUAUAUUGUUGAUCUGAUCGAAUAUGCUUUAGGCACUUUUGAAAAUUGCAUACAUGCCUACGAGAAAAUAAAUAUACUGACGAAGAAAGAUGCAAAGGAUCGUGAAUUGAAAAUGGUGGAAAUGCAGGCGAUCAUGCGGAAUAGAGCGGCCGAAGAUGCGAAAUUUGAGUUUUUAGAUUGUAAAGCGCAGGAGAUAAUAAUAGAUGACUUGCAGCCAAAAGAGUAUCGUCGACGUGAAAAAUUCCGUCAGCAACAUCGUAAGCGCAUCGACUUGUACAAUACAAUAUUAGAGAAAAUUUUACAAUACACCAAUUCGAAUAACGUCGAUGCGGUCAUUAACAAGUUCCAAGAGCAAGAGAGUCUUUACUAUUCAUACUUCAAUUACGCCAAUGAAAUGAGCUAUCACAUGACAUUACUAAAUAAUUCCGUUAAUCGAUUGUUUAAUGAAAUCUCCGAACUGAAGCAUUCGAAUCACAAUACCUUACAGAAUCAACUCGAAACCAUUGAAGAGCUUGAUAACCAGUUAAAGGAGAAGCAAAAGAAAAACGACGAGCUACGCGAAGUGCGCGAUCAAAACGAUGAGCGUUUAGAGAAAUUGCUACAGGGCAUACAAAUAAUUAAGGAUCAAUCGCGUGCCGAUUGCAAGUCGUUCGAAGCAUUACUGGGCGAUUUCACCACAGUCAAUCUCUUCAAUAUGCGUCACUUCCUGAAGGUAUUGGAGAAGCGCGUACACUCCAUAACGCUAGCGCAGUAUAUGCGCGAACGUCAAAGUAUCAAGCCCCCGAGCGAAUAUAUUGUCAAGGCUGUUGUAAAAUUAUGCGAUAGUGUUACACCGUUAGGUGAGAUCGUGCUCACCCAACAGUGUCCAGAAUGUGGCGAGGCCGAUGCCACCAACGUCGAUGAUACCGAUGGUGGCGAGGGCAUACAGAGCUUGAAUACGGUCUUGAAGAAAUUGUACGAACGCGUCAAUCAACCGGAGAUGCAGUAUCGCCUGCACAGCAUUAGUCAGUGUCGUUUGCCGCAUUCGCGCAUACUGGCCGCAAAACGUAAUGCCUAAAACUUCAAGGCGCUUCUUACUCCGCUACGGAGAACUCAAUUGCAAUCAAUUGUUUUAAAAUUCAAACUGAUAUGGUGAAUUGCAGAUGCAUCUAUUUGUAUGUGUGCAAUAUGCUUAGCUGAAUGAUGUGUGAUUUAAACUUGAUUGUGG